AUGGCUGCGCAAUCUUUUGAAGAACCCAACAGCCCUCUUCAGGGCUUUCAAGAACGCGACGGCGCUGUGCUCGUAGAUGAAGAGCCGCACGUUUCUGUGGAGCAACUGAACACACUAAGUGGCGCUCCAGAAGCUCCACCAGCUCAUGAAGCGCAACUUCCCCGCCCCCAUAAAAGGGUGAAUCUCGAUGGUGCUUGCUUCCACGGCAUUGUAGAAGCAAGCCAGAGGGGCACUCAUAAUGUUAUUAGAUACCCUAUUCCAGGAGGGUCGCUGUGCUACACAUUUCAGCAUCUUCGCACUACUACGAAAGGCACGGUGGUAUACCGUUGCACAGGGUGUAAAAAAAACGGUCGCACAACUAGUAUAGCGGUAAGGAACGACAGCGAUCUAGUUGGAGACCCUGUGCAGCUUCCGCACGUGUGCAUCCCGUGGAAAAAUGCACAGGAACGGGUUAACCGUAUGGUAUAUAAGGUGAUGGGAGAUAAACUUGGAAAGUGCAGGAGAAUUUACAACUUAAUGUAA